AUGACGCUGGGGGCCGACUCGGCCGCGGCGGCUGCGCCGCCGGGACUGGACGCCACCACAGCAGGCGAACCGCCGCCGCCGGCCCCCGAGAGCUCCGCCGCCGACGUGAACCAAGGCAGCUGGUGGCUCGCGGCGGCGUGGGGACUCCUCGCCCUGGCAGGCGGAGGAGGAGCCCUGGCUGCCCAGCUGGGCUCGACAGGACGGGCCCGCCUGGCGGGACUCACCGUAUUCGGGCUGGUGGGCCUCCUCGCCACAGCGAGGGUCGUGCGCCAGGCGUGGUGGCUCUACUGCGACCAGGAGACGACGAAGACGCAGAUGGCCGCCCUCACGGCUCAGAUGCAGCAGCUGGCCCUGUCGGGAGCGAUGGGCAUGCCAGGAGGAGGUUUCCCUGGCGGCGGUCCGCCUGACGAGGUCAUGCCCGGGUGGGCCGACGUGGGGGCGCCGCCGCCAGGGAUCCCGCAGGUGCCGGGCGUGACGGUGGCGGGGCCGGCCACAGGACCCAUCGGUCCUCCAGCGGGUCAGGCCAGCCACGCGCCCGCGGGCGCCUCGAGCCUGGACGCGCUAGGCGCGUGGGCUGGCAUGGCUGCCCCACCCGCCACGGGUGCUGGCGCCACAGCUGGGGCUGGGGGCUCGCCGCACGUCCCUCAGUACAGGCCGCCCGAGCUGGACAGCAAGGUCCGCCAGCAGGCCAAGCAAGUGAAGGAGCUCCUGACAGCGCUCGCGAACGCCAGGGGCCAGGACUACAUGUGGGGACGACGCUUCUGGUCCAACCUGUACGCGAUGGAUUCGAGCGGGCAGCUGGUGCCCGAAGUGAAGCGUCUCCUGACGGGUUUCGGCUACGUGGGCGAGCAGACGGUGACGGCCCCCCGCCAUGAGGAGCUCGGGGCCGCGCUGGACCGCCUCGCGUCGGAGGCCGCACUGACCGCUGGCGCAGGCAUCUGGCAGUCCACCCCCAGCCAGGGCUUGGCCGCUGCGGCAGCGCAGUGGGUGCCCAGAGUGCGUGACGAUCUGCACCCCUCGCUGCAGCAGGUGAUCUCGGCCCAGCCGGGACAGGAGGCGUUCUUCCCCAUCACGCUGGUGGAUCGCCCAACCCCGAUGACGAGCCGAUCUAGUCGACUUCGACAUCGAUUCAAGCGGAAGCUCGCCCUGUGGGCUCUCGCCAACGAGUUCGUGCAAGGGAUCAACUCCAUGGACACGGGCUCGUGCACGGACCUCACCCGCCCCCGCCGUAAGGAGAGCUUGUCGAUGAACAUGCGGGGGCUGCACGGCCAGGUGCAUAAGGUAGUUCUACGAGAAGCUAAACGGCUGGCAGAGGCGCGCCGGGACUGCGGUCUGACAGGAGGUGCCUUGGCCAGCCUGCACGUCCCGUCGGGCGACUGGGCGGCCGCGGCGUUCGACGAGAGCAACGCCUUCUCUUUCGUGGGGGUUCCGAGCUGGAUGUGGGGCUGGCAGUGCGUGCCACCCGUGAGGGCGGCCGCCGUCUGGUGGCGUCUGUCGCCCAGCCAGCGAGACUCUUUGAAUCCUGAGAGCUGGGUCUAUCCGAUGUGGCGCCGUUUAGUCAUGGGCAGCUCCCACAGCGUACACAUCCUGAUGUCCAUCAAUUCGAGGAUAUGCUCCAUGACGCUGAGGCGCAGCUUGGUAGACCCGCAGCAGGAUCACACUCUGGCGUGGCAGGCCGGAUACCAGAUGCUGAAGGAGACCCGCGUCUUCGUGGUCAUGCACCUGUUCGCGGGGGCCCGGAGGGAGCAGGACGUGCAGCACUACGUCGAGGCGAUGAUGACCGACCUGGAGCUGAAGGUGCUCAUGAUCUCGGUGGACCUGGCCGAGGACUCGCGGUGGGACCUCGGGCGCGUCGACACCUUCGAGCUGAUCUGGUCCCUGGUGUCCGAGGGCCUGGUGGACGUGAUCCUGGGUGCGGUACGACUGGCGGCCACCGAAGCACUAAGGUGCGACGGCGCCCACACGCACGAGCUGAGCUACGGUGAGGUUAACGGUAACUUUCGGACGACCAAGCUGGCCACCUACCCACCUCGACUGUGCAGGUGGAUAGCAGAGGGCAUAGUGGCCACGCUGUCGGAGAUGGCGCAGACCGGCGGCGGGCCAACAGGACACGUACGAGACGGAGUGAAGUGUCAAAGGAUAACGUGCUACUCGGGGCCGUUGGACCUCGGCGCCUUCUAUUUCCUGAACGAGACGUCCUCGCGAGGCCGCGGGGCAGUGCUGGGCGCGAGGGACACGAGCUUCUACCUCCACAUCGACGACGGCCUGAUCGCAGCGGACGGCGGGCCCCAGCAGUCAGGCGAAAAGAAGGUCAACAAGCUGGUCCACCAGGUGGCGGACGCGCUGGAGGACGUGGGCUUUGUUGUGAAGGAUCGGAGGGAGCACGGCAUGGUGGAUCGCAUCGUGGGCUACGAGGUGGAGUCCAGCCCCGCACGAGUGCGGGUCCCGAAGCGCAAGGCGGCGCUCAUGCACGAGGCGCUGCUGCUGCUCACGAGCCGGGACUGGGUGCACCUGGACCACCUGGCGUCGGUCAUUGGGGCCGUGGCCAUGCGACGAGGCAUCAUGGGGCUCUACGCCGACCUGGGGGCCCCGCUACUGCCGAUGGUCUUCGCCUCGGACCCAGGGCAGCUGCAGAAGGUGCUGGAGCGUGGCCCUGAUACGCUACAGCCUUUCCUGCCACACCUGGAGGGCCGUGUGCAACCCGAGACAUUGCUAACCUAUCGCAAGCGAGCAGCGGAGUUUUACCAGUGGUGCGCGGCCGAGGGGGCCCACACCUGGAGCCCUGACGAGUGGGGCGACACGAUCAUGGAGUACAAGGCCUCAGUGGACUUGCUCAAGAGUCAUUUCACCUCCCUGCUCGCCGCUAUCGAAUUCAAGUUUCCGCGGCUGAAGGGCCGCCUUUGCAGAUGCCACGCUGCCUUGCGUGGCUGGGAGUUAGAGCACCAGACCAAGCACACAGUGCCGAUGGUGAGCACCGCUCAGGCUUUCGUCAGCGCGCGGCUCAGCGCGCUCGGAGAGCCUCGCCUGGCCAUCGGCCUCAUGUUGCAGGGAAAAAUUGGGAUGCGGCCCAGCGAGAUGCUGGGGAUCGUCGCGUCCGAUCUCGUCUUCCCCGAGGAGUCUGGGCACGGUCGAGGUCGAGGGCCCCUGAUAGUAGGCUUGGGUAUCAAGGCGAACACCAAAGCGAAGCGCCCCCAGUCGAACGCCAUCCUGGAGGCCUCCAGCCCUGCAUUGGUGGAUCUCCUGAGGACCCUGAAGGCCCGCGCGCCCCCAGGGGGCCGCAUGUUCCCCUACGCCCUCGAGAAGUACCGCAAGUUGCUCGCUCGCAUCCAGUCGGAGUGUAACCUACCAAUGGGAUGGACCCCCCACAGUGCCCGAGCAGGUUUCGCUUCAGAGGCCACAGCGCGGGGUAUGUCCUUCGAGCAGAUUCGAGAAACAUGCCGUUGGAAGGUGGACAGUUCCCUUCGAGUAUAUAUCGACAUGGUCCAGGCUGCCCACAUAGCCGUGGGGCUCAAGGCGGCUGGAGACGAUACCGACGGCCAGAUCGAGCACGCCACCGCCAUCACCUUUCUCUACCGGGAACUCGUCCUGGGUACUACCGAGCUACCCACCUACGCCGGCUAG